AUGACGCAUCUCACGCAGUCGCCUUCUGGCCAAAGUACUGGCGAAAAGAGGUCUAUAUCAGAGAGUUUAGAUACUCAUAGCUCUACUUUAUCAUCCCAUCUGCAGCUAAUCGAAUCACUCAAAGCCGACUUAACGCCACAAAAAGUCUCACAAAUCCUGGAAAGUGCGCAAAGGUUGGCUGACCAGUUUGCGACACUGAAAACCCAGCUUCUAUCUCGUGGAAUUGAUACAACCAGUGAAAAACCGAGAAUGAAAGCCAAAGCACGGCGCGUACCCAACAAACUGAACGGCAGUAACCCGACGGUGGAAACGGCGAAAAGCGGUUUAGGAAAAGAUGGAGGGACGAGCAAAAAGCGGUCGUGGGACAAUGACUUGUCGGAAGGGCAAGGUUCAAGCAUCGACUAUACGGCUAAUCAAUCAUCGUGGAAAAAGCUGAGAACUACCCGAGAAAUAUUGGGAGAACAUGACGCCGUGGAAGAUUUUGUGCCUGUUGCGCUUCAGAAGGACGACAUUUCGGAGGAAGUAGAACGGCGAUUGAAACUAAAGGAAGAACGACGGAAGAAACUCAGUGCCGAACCGGAGAAGAAGAGGAAACGCGAGAGCACUUCGUCGAACAAUGGAGUCGCAAAUAGUAAAACGAAGCGUGCUAGGGAUUUUAAUACUCGUGGGGAGGGAGAGUAG